ACCUAAGAUAAGAACCGACCCUUUGGAAAUGCAUGAAGGGAGGCUAGCUAAAGUGAUCUGUUCGGCGCUUUACCAUUGCCCUGGUGAAAACAUGACCUUGACUCUCACUGGCUUAGAGAAGGAUCGUUUGCUUUCACAACAAACAGCUAUUGAAAGCGGGACGGUCCGGACAGUGCUGAGUUUCAGACCUACCUUGGAGGACCACGGGAAAGUGCUGAGAUGCUUGUACAAGAGCCAGGCUGGGUCACAAAGAUCUCAGGGUACCAUGAAGUUGGAUGUGAAAUUUGCCCCCAGGGAAGUAAGAGCUGUGCAAGAUCCAGAAGAAGUCAUCAAAGUGGGCUCACCUCUUCGGCUGGAAUGUAAAGUAGGAAAGGCAAACCCCCAGGACCUCAGCUAUACUUGGUACAAAAAUGGGCAACAGCUGCCAUGGGACUCUGCAUCAUCAUCUGCCUUGCUGACCCUACAGAGAAAGGUGCCUAGUUUCUCCAUCAACUCGGUGGUCUAG